AUGCGCAGGAGACGGAUGUUUACAGAUCAUAAGUCACAGAAAAACAAUCCUGCUGUGAUUAAGGCUCGCUAUCCAAAACCCGGUGCUGAUCGUUUCGAAUUCAAUGGCUAUCAAACGUUUCAACUGGAAAAGCAUGAGAAAUGCACGUGCGCUUGUAAAACUAAAGCUGAAGACUGCACAGUGUCCCAGGAGUAUCGACCAGAAGAAUGUCGCUGUGUCUGCAAGAACGAAGAGGUCAGGAAGAACUGCCAAGGAGAGGGAAGAGUUUGGAACAACGAAGAGUGUCGUUGUAAGUGCCCAACUUACGCACGCUGUUCGACCGGAUUCUUUUUUAACACUAUAACCUGCAGGUGUCAGGUGAUGACUGGGCCAGUGGAAGGACUGGGAUUUCAUGGCAUAUCCUCUGAGUUGGGCGGGGCAAUUGUUGACGAUGGGGGGGAGAACGACGACUAUAGAAAGCGAUAUCGCGGUAUAAACCCACAGGGACACGUAGGACCUUUCAGUUUACGAAGGUUUAAAAGAGGAAAUAAACAGGGUCUUCUAAUAAUUAAAAGAGGGAAUAAACAGAGUCGUCUAAGAGCGCCCUCUAGUCUUUUCGGAAAGAAGAAACACCAGAAAUGGCCUUGAUAUAGGGAAAACAAUAACGGUGCACCAAAAGAGACCAUGAUAAAAGUUCACCAGAAGUAAGAAGCUACUUCUGAGGUAAAAGUUUACUAAUGACUUCGAACUGUCGUCGUUACUGAUAAAUAAUUCCGAUUCAUCCUCGAGGGAAAAAUAGACACUCUUCUUUAAAACAACAUAAAUGACAUAAAGUCAUUCAGUCAUCGCAUUUCAAUGUCAUUCAUAAACAUUUUGCGGUUUGUGGGCCAUGAGGUAUAGUGAUGGAAGAAGAGUUAUUCCGUGUUAACCAAAUUUAAUGAGGAUGAAAAAGAAAGAAAAAAGGCACAAGUAUUGAAAGUGAAUGACAUUUAGAAGCCGGGUUUCGAUGCACGUAGUAGGCAGAACACAGACAGCCAAUUAUGUAGCUUUGUGCUUAACCACACACACAAAAAAAAAAUAACUUAUUUUAUCCAAAGUUCUAAGGUAUGAAAUGACACUUCUGAAAAGUUUUGACAUAGAACAAUCAAUCCAAAGAUAAACUUCGGUUUUCCUCUAAGCUUGUUGAGGAAGGGUGUUUUGUAACAACAGUAUUUUUUUUCUGGAAAAUUCUAUGUGGUUCGUCACUUAAGAAAUCGACGUAAAAGAGAUAUAUAUAUAUUUAUUUGGUAGUUUCGAAGUCACGGUUGAGGAGAGACGAAAGUAUCGAAGCUCUAUACUCAAGAGGUUUUCUUUGACAUUACUAGCGUAUUGAUAUAACGUGUUUACAAGAUAGUAAUCUAUUUUUCACAAACUAAAGAUGUCCUUAUUGUGAAAAGUGUGGUUGCCAAAAUCAAAGUUCACCUUCUUUGAUGUUUAUUGGUGUGUGUAUAAGAAUUAUACAGAAAGGACAUAACUUUGAAAUUAAAAAUGUAUUUAUUUAUUUAUUUAUACUUACAUAUACACUACUGCAAACAAACGUUGCACCACCAGGCACGAACGAUCGAACCAACAAGUUGAAAAUGGUAAAAUUAUCGCAAUUUGUUUUGGUUAGCGGAAUUAGCCCCCCUAUUAAAGAUCUAAUCACUAAGGUUAUCAUUUUAUGCUUAUAUGUUUUACCUUAUACAAAAUCAAGAGUUUUAUCACUAAGAGAAUUGUGUGAGCGAAUAUAAUUUUUCCAUGAAUUGGUUAGAACGAUAAGCUAUGAAGGUUUAAUUCUUUAACAGCUGGUUGGCUAGAAAAGGCAUCUUUUUUUACAUGUAUAUGGCCAACUUUUGAAAACUGAUUUAUUGUGCUAUUUUAGUUGAGUCUUGUGACACUUAUGUCGAUCGUAGAUCAGAAUAUAUGAUAUGAUGAAUGCAUUAAGAAACAUUUUGGAGCGACUUUCGCUCAAAGAGAUAUUGCUCUACAAACAUUGUACUUCUGCCAAGGUGGUCACCUUUUUCUUUUCAGAGCAGUAUCCAUGACCAUAAGAUGUUAGAUAAGAAAGUAAGUGUAGAUUAGAAUA